CAGAGACGAACGAAAAAGAGUGGUCGAUGAAGGGAUGCGAAUCCGUCGGGAAAGAGAAUUGAGCGUGUUUUUCGGGUGCGAAUAGACAGUCGGCCCCUGCAAAUUACAAUACCAACUUCGCACCUUAAGGAGUCCGUCGAUCCACGUCACACCGUGCGGCACAUCCAACGGGGAAGAUUGCCUUGGCUGGAAGAGAAAGCAAGCCCUGCAGACACGGGGCGAAUCAACUCGACGCAGACAAAAGAAGAAAAGGGCUCGUUUGCCGAAACAAUAAGAAAGAACCAGAUUGUUGGGUUUUCCUUCUUUGGGUCUGAAAUAAGCACCAUUCCGCCUUCAUCCCAGCAAUCAUCGCUGGUUGGAUCAGAACAGCCCAGAGCAACAAUUCGGACCCUUUUCUCUUUGAAACCAGAAGAGAACUGAAGCAAGAGAGUGCAGGAGAGUGAGAGAAGAGAGAGACAUCGUGCCCAAAAGGAACUUUCCUGGCGUGACCAAACAAAAGGGACUCCGUGCGCCGCGUGCACACACUCACCAACCUUCCUUGACAAUAACACCAAGAAACAAACAAAUUCGCCGAAAUACAAAGAAACCAAAGCAACACAAAGCACAACCUGUACCCCCAAAACUCAGCUGGGACAACCAAAAAUAAAUAAAUAAAUAAAUAAAUAAAAAGAAAAGAAAGGGAAACGCCAGGAGAAAGGGUGCUGAAACGUCACAUCUCCCAUCCUAAAAAGCACUCACAAAAAUAAAUUAAAAAAAAAAAAAAAAAAAAAAAAAAUUAUUCGAUUUAAAAUUAAAAAGAACACACCCGAAAACAAUGACUUUCUUCCGCAUCACCCUCAUCCGCUCCGCCAUCGGUCUCCCACGCCGUACCCACGGCGUCCUCAAAGCCCUCGGCCUCAAGAAGCGCAUGGCCACCGUCUUCCACCCGGUAUCCCAGGACGUCGCCGGUCAGAUCAUGAAGGUCAAGGAGCUCGUCGCAGUGCAAGAAGUCGACAAGCCGCUCACGCAGGAGGAGCUGCACUGGUCGCGCAAACCCGAUCCGGGGUACUAUAUCGAGAAGAGGGCGGCGGAGGCGUUCAGAGAGAAGAGGGAGGUGUAAGGAGGGGGGAGAGAAAGAAGGGGAAAUGGUUAGCCCUUCCUUCCUUCCUUCCGCGCGCAGCAGGGCUGGAUGGCACGAUGAGGAAUGCAGCGAUGGAUUUUUGGGGGUGGGGAUAUACCUGUUUUACGAUGGUGGGAAUAUCGAAGAGACGGCGGGCGACCCUGUUAGAGAGGGGAGGCCCGAUUUGUGCAGCCGAUAAUCCCACGGUACUCGUGUUGGAGAAUAGCAUUGAUGCUCGGUGUUUGCGGUCAUGGUCCUUCGACCCGUAAGUGCUUCAAAUGCCAACCAGAUUUUGAUAGA